AUGGUAGCAUUUGUGAAGUUAAAAGUACAAGAAUCAACGUAUAUAAGUACGGUUAAAAAGUUGGAAGCUGAAAGUCAAGGUUUGCAACAGAAAUUGAAGUUUUCUUUAGAAAAUACUGCUUCACAAUCAUCUUCGACUCGAGAUAAACAAAUCCAAACUAAAACUUCAAAACCAGAUCUUCCAGAACCAGUCUCGGGAAAAAAACAUUCACAUGAUGAUGAUAGAGAAAUGGUUUCAAAAGCCAGAAGAAUUAAGAAAAAUAAUAUUUAA